AUGGAAUAUUAUGAACAGAUUCCUUUUUUAAUUUCAAUUCCACUUUAUCCAGACCCUUCUUCUCCAUAUGAUAAAUUAUAUGGAUUACCACAUGACAUGAUACCGGUUCAAACGAAUUCAACUAAUCUAACAUUUUCUACGACUUUUUUGUCCGGCUACAGCUCGAACGUUGAUUUAUAUCUUUUCCAUAAUUUUUGGGGAUACAACUUUGAACUGCAAGCUACAGACUCUACAGGAAGAAUCGUUUUAGACACAGAUUUUAGUUUAAAUCAAAACCUCUCAAAUCCGCAAAAAUCAAACAUUUCUCGAUCAUUACUUCUUAACAAUCCCAUUAAAAUAUACGGGAAAGACAUUGUUGAGAUCUUUUGUCCAUAUGAGACACAAAUUACAGACAAACUUGGUCUCAAUUCCACAUCACAGCUCAUCUUUGCCAAUAUAAAUCCAAAUGUGUCUUCGUUACAUCUUGGAAGUUACAAUUUCAAGACAUUAAGCAACGAUUUGAGUUUUACGUUCACAAACUUUACGGCAUAUCCAUACGAUUACGUUUCUAUACCACAAGCAUAUAUUACAGGCUAUCGUGAAACAAAUAAGAAGAAUUUCCUCAUCACAGGCCCUACAUUAUUUGUAAUAUUUGUAAUACUAUUUUUCGUUACGAUAUUCCUGGCUUAUGUUUCUUAUGAAUAA